GUUUACAACCACCCGCCACGCGCUACCGUAUAACACUUUCAGUUUUGUAUUGAGAUUAAGAGAUUCCACAUAUAGUUAGUUAGCAAAUCAGCUGCAGCCCAACAGAAAAACCAAAACCCCUCUCUCUCUACGUGUUUAUAUAACAGAUACUAAACUAUCUGUUAUAUAAUCUAACACACUUUGAUCUUCCCAUAAAUCUAGUUCAUCUUGUCUCUUCUCCCCUGUCUGAAAAUGAGUCACUCUGUGGUACAAGGUUUUACUAAAUCUCUUGCCAUGACUGUGCUAUCUGAGAUUGGAGACAAGACUUUUUUCGCAGCUGCAAUCUUGGCGAUGCGAUAUCCUAGGAAACUCGUAUUGGUCGGCUGCUUGUCUGCUUUACUUGUAAUGACUAUUCUUUCAGUGCUUCUUGGAUGGGCUGCUCCAAAUUUGAUUCCUCGACAACUUACUCAUCAUAUAACAACAUUAUUAUUUUUCGGAUUUGGGCUAUGGUCCUUGUGGGAUGCAUUCAAAGAAGGGGAGGCUGAAGAAUUUGCUGAAGUUGAAGCAGAACUGGAUGCUAACUUUAAAACAAAUGGAUCAGCCAAACAAAAUGGCAAGGGUGGUGAUGAUUUGAAAAAGCAGAGUCGACCUUUUCUUACUCAGCUUUUCUCACCUAUCCUCUUAAAGGCAUUUUCUAUUACCUUUUUUGGUGAAUGGGGUGACAAGAGCCAGCUAGCGACUAUCGGAUUGGCUGCAGAUGAAAAUCCAUUUGGCGUUGUACUCGGUGGAAUCUUAGGUCAUGCCUUGUGUACCACUGCUGCUGUCCUGGGAGGCAAAAGCUUGGCGAAACAGAUAUCUGAAAAACUAAUUGCACUUUCCGGCGGGGUUCUCUUCAUUGUUUUCGGAAUCCAAUCCUUCUUGUCCACGGUGGAGUGAUGAGAUGUGGUAAUUUCAGCCCACCAUUGUAUUCAGAUUAGAUGUAUUCUACAAUUGUAGCAUGACAACAUAUGCUGAAUGUGGCUGCAAAGAGGAGGAGCCACAGUGCUACCUUCUCUUAAAUCAUGCUCCAUGUGCUUGUAUUUAUAGACUUCAUCAGAUGGUGGUUGCGACUAUCUGACAAUAGCUAAACUUUUCUCCGACAUGGAAAGCUAGAGCCAGCGAAAGAUUAGUAGAUGUAAUAAUCAUAUAAAGCUCUCCUAUACCAAUAUGUAUACAGACUUGGAAGAUUGUUUCAAA